GGUACAUGCAGGUUGCAUGUGCCCUCGAAUUAUCAGAGAGGAAAAAAAAAAAUACCGGUGUCGAUUGAAGCUGCAAAAAUAGGCUGCAGAUUGCCAUUUUCAAACCCGCACCCCACAUUUCAUUCUCUAUUGCCAAUGUCAAGCCUGCUACUCCGUCACGCUAGCAGAGCUUGCAAGUGGAAAUCACCUCAAAGCAGAAUCUUCACCAACCAGGAGCGUUUCACCCAAACUGCUUCUAUCUACAGGAUGGCUUCAUCACCAAAGUCGGUUCCCGUCGAGGGCGUUAAUGCUGGUAAUCCAGACGCCUGGAAUAGACUUGCCUCAGAAUCAAGCAAUCAAAAUGGCGAAAAGAAGGGAGGAAAGCAACAACGUUGGAACAAGAAGCGAAAGGAGCGGUCCCCAGUACCAGAGGGCGUGGCCCAGUUUAACCUGUCAAAGAGAGAAAGAGCCAAGCUCAGGAAGAGGGGCUUACUUACCGUGGUUGAGGGCACGCAUGAUGAUGUCCUGGCACUUGAUCUCAAGGACUUGAUGGGCAGGUUAACACUGGGCGACGUCGCCAGAGAUGGUGAACAGGCGGCGCCCGGCACAGAGGCAGUUACAGAGGGUCAAAAUACCGAGGGCACCAAGGCACCUACGCUUCCAGAGCUUGGAACUGAGAUUGACGUCAAGGUGUUGGAACUCUCGUCCACUGGUGAUGGGCUCGCUGUCCAAGAAGGCUCCAACCAGAUAUACGUGGUAUCAUUUGUAGUGCCGGGCGACCUUGUCAAAGUCAAGGUUUUCCGCCAUCUUAAGACUCACAGCGCGGCCGACCUCGUAUCGGUUGUGACGCCGUCAGCGGAACGCGACGACAAGAGGAUCAACUGCCCUCAUUUCUCACGCUGCAGUGGAUGCCAAUUUCAGCCCAUGUCUUACGAAGAUCAACUCGCCCACAAGCGCAAGGUUGUUGAAAAGGCCUUCAAAAACUUUUCAGACUUGCCCCCUGAGCUCAUCCCAGCCGCCGGCCCGACUAUAGGUAGCCCUCUUCAGUACGCUUACCGCACCAAGCUCACGCCUCAUUUCAGCAUGCCGCCUGGCGCCAGGAGAAAACAAGGCCCACCAAUCCGACACCAAGAAGUCCCGCCCAUUGGCUUCAUGCUGAAGGGUAGGAAGACUGUGCUUGACAUCGAGGAGUGCCCCAUCGGCACUGAAGUGAUCAACAAAGGCAUGAAGCGGGAACGCGCGGUUGUAGCCUCCAAAUUUGACACCUACUCUGCCGGCGCAACGAUUCUACUGCGUGAGAGCACUGAGAGGUUCUACAAGAAAGACGCUGCCGAGACGCCAAUCCCAACAUCAAUUCGCGAUGAUCAGGUCAGGGUUGAGACAGAAGAUUUUGUUGAAAUCAAGUCAUGUAUCAGCGAAGGCAGCCAAUUGGCAACCGAGUAUGUCGACAACUUUGUGUUCAAGAACAAGGCCUCCUCAUUCUUCCAAAACAACAACUCGAUCCUGCCCUCCCUCACCAAUUAUGUUCGCGAGAACGCCAUUUCAUACAACAACGAGGAUGGAAAGCCCUCUGUUACCAAUCUCAUCGAUGCCUACUGCGGGUCUGGCCUGUUUUCCAUCACAUGCGCUCCUCUAUUCAUUUCCGAUGAGGUCAAGGGUCGCGCCAUCGGCAUCGAUAUUGACGGCCAGGCUACUGAGAGAGCAGGGUUGAAUGCCAAGCUGAAUAAUUACCCCGAUGGAAAGUGCGAGUUUAUUGAAGCCGACGCACCGAAACUGUUCCAGAAACUCGACGGAUUCAACCCGGACGAGACGGCCGUGGUUAUCGACCCUCCACGAAAGGGCUGCGAUGUAUCCUUCCUGACCCAGCUGCUUGUCUUUAAACCUAAGCGCCUGGUAUAUGUCAGCUGCAAUGUACAUACCCAGGCUAGGGAUGUUGGAAUCCUGGUCCGGGGCUAUGUUGACGGCCUACCGGCUCCUGUCGGCGGUGCUCGGUAUAAGAUCGAAAGCGUUCGUGGCUUUGAUCUGUUCCCCCAGACAAGCCAUGUCGAGGGCGUAGCGGUACUGACCAGGGUGGACGACGAUGGCGACGCUCAAAUGUCUACGUAAAUGACGGUAGCCUCGUGUUCAGGGCUUGUCCAGGCCGCUUUGCAAGAACGGCCUGUGUUUUAAUAUCAAUUUCCUAUCUCUUCACUAGACUCUUCACCAACCCCUCAUCUGCGUUUCGAUCAUCUGCUUCUACGUGAAGUGUAAAUGCGAUCCCGGAUGGAAUAUCUUGUACUCAUUUCAGACUUAUCAUUUUACAGAGAAGAGAACAAGCAAGUCAAAAGACUUUCCAUGCCAAAAAAUACUCGAUGCAGCCCCCAAAUUUCGCCGAAACCCACUCAUAUCCAUCAACUCCACGCUGCCAGACUCUACCAUUUUGUCAUCGACUACUUCAUCCCACGCCUGAAAACCAGUCCUGUAACUGACCUGGUCCUCAUAUACCAUAACGCACUCCAUAACACCCCCCAGACAUACGGAAGCAAUCACUUGCUCGUAUCAAGCACAUACCUCCCUACGACCUUGCCCUGCUCCAGCGCCUCGAAAACCUUCCCCAACUCACUAAGCCCGACGGUCUUGAAUGGCGCCUUGAUCAACCCGCGCGCGAAAAAGUCCACAGCCUCGGCCGUGUCCUGUCGGUUGCCGACGUAGCUGCCCUUGAUGGUGAUCAAGCGCACCACCAUAUCCAGGACGUCCGCCUUGAUCUGGGCCCCGGAUGGCAGACCUAUGCACACCACGGUGCCCCUAGGCCGGAUGUACUCGGCCGCCUGCUGGAACGGCCGCGAAGUUACGGCCAGCAGCACGGCGGCAUGGGGGCCGAGGCCAUCGGCAGUCACCUUGCGCACGUCGGCCACCACGUCUGCCGAAGUGGCAAAGUCGACAAAGGCGGCGGCGCCGAGAUCCUCCAGACACGCCCUGCGCUUCUCCUCGCCCGAGUCGAUGGCGAUGACGCGCAGGCCCAUGGCGCGGGCGUACUGCAGCGCCAUGGCACCCAGGCCGCCGCCCGCACCCACGAUAGCGACCCACUGGCCCGGGCGGGCGCCCGUCUCCUUGAGCCCCUUGUAGACAGUGAUUCCGGCGCACAGGACCGGCGCGACGGCCUCGAGGCUCACCUCCUUGGGGAGGCGGGCGACGAGGGCGGCCUUGGCGAUUGCGUACUGCUGGAACGAACCGUCGACCGUGUAGCCCGAAAGUGUGACCUUGGGGCACAGCAUCUCGUUGGCGGACCGGCAAAAGUCGCAGUUUUGGCAACUGCUGUUGAUCCACUUGACGCCGACGUGGUCGCCAAUCUCGACGUCCUGGACCAGCUCUCCGCGCGCCACCACGACGCCAGCGCCCUCGUGCCCGCCCACGAACGGGAGCCUGGUCGGGAUCGGCCAGUCGCCGUUCAUGGCGUGCAGGUCCGUGUGGCACACGCCAGAGUACUUGAUGUUGACGAGGACCUCAUCGGGACCGGGCUUGGCCACGGGGAUCUUCUUGUAAACGGAGGCUGUACAAAGGGUUUUGGGAGGUGGUAAGCUUCUAGAACUCCCAUCUCAAUGUCGCACAUGGGAGGUUUGGGCAAAUCAUGUGCAAGCAUGCUGGACACGCGAGGUUGACUUACGCCCGCCAGUCUUCUCAAUAACCUGCGCCCAUUGUUCUGUAGGGAUUUCCGGCAUUUUGUCUCACGUCGUUCAAAUUUGUCUGGGAUAUGCGGAGGAGAAUGUGGCAACGAGUGGCAGCGGGCACAAAAACAGAGGUAUAUGAGCACGGAGAUGAUAGACGCUCUAGGGAGAUGAGAUGAUGACUAAAACCUCCUCUGCCGGGAAGGGGUCAGACGAUGUGGGAAGUCUAGAUAUAUAGAUAACUAAGAGAUCGAGGAAUAUCGUCUUGUUUACCAGAAAGGUUAAGGAGAGGAAUGGCAAAUCAUUUCUUGCUCUUUGGGGGAAAGGGGAAAGACUGAUGAGCGCAUAGCCGACGCUCGCACCGAAGUGCCGAGCAAAACAUCAUCUGAUGUAGUUCAAAAGACCCAGAAGCAUGAAGAUCCCUCACUUUUCCCUCUCCAAACCUGCACAAGCAGCUUUUCGACUCCGCAUAUUCUGGGCCAAGGGAAGCGCACAUCUCCAAAGGCGCAGGUUUGAGUGGUUCCACAUUCCCAAAAGGUGCGGGGAAAAACGCCUCGGAUUUGGAAGGUUCAAGUUUUGUCUAAGAGUUGUGCUACUUUGAACCAACAUCUUGUUUUAAGCUUGAAGGAAUUGGCCACGGUGGAUAGACCUUGAACAGAUUCCUACUACGUACUGGUACAAAAAGUAACAAGCUUCUCUGAUUGUCACGGAAAGACGCG